UAGAUGGAGUAUAUUUCUGUUUUGGUGUUUAUUUAAUUUUAAAAAAUCACAUUACUUUUCUAAUCCAGUUUAAGAAUAAAAUACGAACUUGAGUAUUAAAUGAACAUCUUAUUGGAGUUGAGAGUCUUGGGCUUGUUUAGUUUUAAUUUCUAUCCCUCUUGCUCGAUCGGGUAAAUAACUUUAAUAUGCAGAAAUAUUUCAAGUUUUGAAAUGUUAAGAAAGACUUUGAAAUAUUGCUUUUUGAGAUCAAUUUGGAUUAAAAUCCAUUUUUUGUUGUUGUUCACUGCUAUUUAGAUUUCUUUUGCUUUUGGAGUCGGGGGGGAGAAAUAGUAAACUGUAUGGAAUCCAGCAUUCAAACUUAUAUGAGAAGAUUUUUCUAGUUAAGAAGCUAGAUUGUUGUGUAAUUAAUUCCACUGUGAAACUUUAUUCUUCAAAACAUUCAGCAGCACUACUGAAACAUACAGCUGUAGUGCUUUUAUAACCGAAGGGUUUUUUUAAAAGAAAAAAAAAAAAAACUUUUGUCCCCAGGAGAAUAGUUUGACUGGUUUCCUCAUUUCUCUUUCAAAUAUAUAUUUAAGAGAUCUUUUAUUUCAGCAUAACGAUAAUUAUUUGCAGGAGUUUUUGUGUUAGCGACUAAUUUAGAACUUGUAGAUUUGAGCUGCCUGAAUUGGCCAGACAGCUGUAAUCGCACUCCUCUAUUCUUAAUCUCUUUAUCUGGGCAGCAGCUGCCAUAUGGCCACAGUCAGCUGGAUCAGAUGUUUAUAAGCUUCCUUCUUCGUCCCUCUCUGUCCUCUCAGCCUCCUAAUUUGAUCACGGCUACCUUGUGAGCUGCCCUCCAAUCUUUAUUUUUAGCCCUCUCAAGGAUUAGGAUUGAUGUUAGCUGUGGGGCACUUGAAGUGAUUGUAUUGUAAAUCUUGGUUUAUUCUAGCAGUGGCGUCUUGCAGAAUGUAUUGGGUUAGGAUGAAAGUUUUAGCCCAUUUUGGGCAAAGUGUAGAAGAAGCAGGGAAGUAAUUUUUAAAUAUUAAAUUAAUAUGUAUCCAUUCCCCAAAUGCACUUUUUGAGAUGGAUGGUGUGGAACUUGGCUUCUGGUCAUAGGAAAGGGGAAGUCAGGUUUAAGGAGUUGAAUUUUGUGGUUCAAUUUUGACCCUUUGUACAUCUGCGUCUCUCCUGCCUCCAUUUUACCCUCUUUCACCAGAAAAUAAGGGCAACAGUGCAUAUUUGAAAGAAUAAAAGCUAGUGGGAAAACAAAAUAUAUCAAAUUAUGUUGAAACAAAGUAUUUUCUGUUGACUGAGGUAUCGGGGAGUCAAAAGAAUAGUUUCUCUUUUACUAGCAAGACUUUUUUUUUCUUUUUUUGUAUGGUGAACCUGUAAAGCUUUUGAGUUUCAUUUGAAUGUAAUAUGCCUUUAUUUAAAAGUUUGCAUUAAUUUUAAUAUGGAACUCAUUUUGCUUUGCAACAGAUCAAAGUUUAGAUGAGAAUUUUCAGAGUUAAAUAAAGCCCUUCUGGUUCUUAAUAUUCUAGAUGUACAGAUUUUACAAAGAAAUAUAACCAUUUCUUUUUCUCAAUUCAUUAAAAAAAAUUUGGAUUUGUUCGUAGUAGAGAUGAUCUUUUCCAUCUGUUGGUGUAGUUCCUUCUGAUCUCAUACAUGUGUGCUAUACCUGCAAAUCUUAAGGCAUUAACAUCUGUUUUUAUACACAGGGCUUUUGUUGUUUUAACACUCUGACUUUAAAAGUUAUGAAGACAGUAUGGAGUUUCCAGACCAUAGUAGACAUUUGCUGCAGUGUCUGAGCGAGCAGAGACAUCAGGGUUUUCUUUGUGACUGCACUGUUCUGGUGGGAGAUGCCCAGUUCCGAGCGCACCGAGCUGUACUGGCUUCAUGCAGCAUGUAUUUCCACCUCUUUUACAAGGACCAGCUGGACAAAAGAGACAUUGUUCAUCUGAACAGCGACAUUGUUACAGCCCCAGCCUUCGCUCUCCUGCUUGAAUUCAUGUAUGAAGGGAAACUCCAGUUCAAAGACUUGCCCAUUGAAGACGUGCUAGCAGCUGCCAGUUAUCUCCACAUGUAUGACAUUGUCAAAGUCUGCAAAAAGAAGCUGAAAGAGAAAGCCACCACAGAGGCAGACAGCACCAAAAAGGAAGAAGAUGCUUCAAGUUGUUCGGACAAAGUCGAGAGUCUCUCUGAUGGCAGCAGCCACAUGGCAGGCGAUUUGCCCAGUGAUGAAGAUGAAGGGGAAGAUGAAAAAUUGAACAUCUUGCCUAGCAAAAGGGACUUGGCGGCCGAGCCUGGGAACAUGUGGAUGCGAUUGCCCUCGGACUCAGCAGGCAUCCCCCAGGCUGGCGGAGAGGCAGAGCCACACGCCACAGCAGCUGGAAAAACAGUAGCCAGCCCCUGCAGCUCAACAGAGUCUUUGUCCCAGAGGUCUGUCACCUCCGUGAGGGAUUCGGCAGAUGUUGACUGUGUGCUGGACCUGUCUGUCAAGUCCAGCCUUUCAGGAGUUGAAAAUCUGAACAGCUCUUAUUUCUCUUCACAGGACGUGCUGAGAAGCAACCUGGUGCAGGUGAAGGUGGAGAAAGAGGCUUCCUGUGAUGAGAGUGAUGUUGGCACUAAUGACUAUGACAUGGAACAUAGCACUGUGAAAGAGAGUGUGAGCACUAAUAACAGGGUACAGUAUGAGCCUGCCCAUCUGGCUCCGCUGAGGGAGGACUCGGUCCUGAGGGAGCUGGAGCGGGAGGACAAAGGCAGCGACGACGAGAUGAUGACCCCCGAGAGCGAGCGGGUCCAGGUGGAGGGCGGCAUGGAGAGCGGUCUGCUGCCCUACGUCUCCAACAUCCUGAGCCCGGCGGGCCAGAUCUUCAUGUGUCCCCUGUGCAACAAGGUCUUCCCCAGCCCGCACAUCCUGCAGAUCCACCUGAGCACGCACUUCCGUGAGCAGGACGGCCUGCGCAGCAAGCCGGCCGCCGACGUCAACGUGCCCACCUGCUCUCUGUGCGGGAAGACGUUCUCCUGCAUGUACACCCUGAAGCGCCACGAGAGGACUCACUCGGGCGAGAAGCCCUACACGUGCACCCAGUGCGGCAAGAGCUUCCAGUACUCGCACAACCUGAGCCGCCACGCCGUGGUGCACACGCGCGAAAAGCCGCACGCCUGCAAGUGGUGCGAGCGCAGGUUCACGCAGUCCGGGGACCUGUACCGGCACAUCCGCAAGUUCCACUGUGAGUUGGUGAACUCCUUGUCCGUCAAAAGCGAGGCGCUGAGCCUGCCCGCUGUCAGAGACUGGACCUUAGAAGAUAGCUCUCAAGAACUCUGGAAAUAAUUUUAUAUAUAUAUAUAAAUAAUAUAUAUAUACCUAUAUAUAAAUAGAUCUCUAUAUAGUUGUGGUACGGUCUAAAAGCAGUCUUGUUUCCUGGAACUGAAAGGUUGGGGUAUUAACUUGUUUUUGCACUUUAGAAUAGCAUGAGAAUCUCACUAAUUUAGCAUUCUGGUAAAAGAAACUUUAGAGCAAGUCGGAGAAUAGAGAGGUGUUUUUCUUUCUUUCAAGGGGGGUAGGGGAAGUAAGCCAAUAAGAACCUUUGAAACAAAUCGUCCUAUCACAAAAUGCUUUCCUAGGGCCUAUUUUGUCAGCACUGCGGUGUCUUUUGAGCUCUCUCUUUUUUUCCCACCUUUUCUUUUUUUUUAAGUAGAAAUUCCCUCCGGUUUUAUUAGCCUCUUUAUAUGUCUCAAAUUGCAUGAAUCUUUUCUGGCUGUUGGAAACCUGAAUGCUUUUAGACCCAAAUGGAAAAUUUCUGAAAUGCUGGAUUAUCUAUUUUUAAACAAGCAGUUGACUUAAAACUUUCUGUGGCAACUUCUGGUUUUCUGACGGUUCCCAAUGAGAGAAAUUCUGAAAGUACACUGGGAUCACUGGGACGCUGUCUUUGUGAAGGUUUGCUUGGGAUGAAAAAGGAUAUUGCAGCUUCAGCAGUGUUGAACUGUGUGUUGAAAAAUGUGAAUUACUGUUAUUGUAUACUGUAAUUGAUUACAUGGGCUGGGGGGGUGUCAAAGGACUUGACAGGUUGUGUUGAUGCUCUUAGUUGAGUCUUGAAAAGUAAAUAUUAACGCUACAGAAAUGCAUGAGUUUCAAUAUAUUUUUUGUCUUUGUUUGCAUUGUAUAACUUUAACGAGUGAGUUUAAAAUUAUUUAAUUUCCUUAGAAAAAUAGCACCAUUUGGAAAAAAAAAACCUGGUGUUAUGAAGAACGUUAAUGCACUGUUUUUAUUUUAUAUAAUUUAAAUUGACUUUCCCACUGUCUUUAAGUUGAAACUGUUAAGCUGAAUAAAAACUUAAGCUGCAAAUUGAUAACUUCGCUACAUAACAAGGAAAAUAUAAAUGUUUACAAAAGGCUUAAAGAUUUGCAUGUGCAGUGUGCAUUUUAUAACAAAACUUCUAAUUGCACAAAACCCAGGCCAGCUCAAAGUUUAGAUGUACACAUUUACCCAGUUGAGCGUUUUUAGAGUAACUACUGCACAAAUUGACAAUAGGUCAUUCUCUUCUUUUGCUCCCCUUUUCUUUUUCUCCCCUUCUUCCUUUCCCUCCCUUCCUCCUUCCCUCCCGCCCCUCCCCCAUCCCCCCCCCAACUCAUGAAAAGAUUCUAUGGACUGAAAAAGCCCCAGGCUGAAAGGACUGGACUGCCUUGAUUGACAUGGGGAAGGGGGUUAGUAGACUAUGUGUAUCGCGGCAGCAGAGGCUGCAGCCCAACGUGUGGUUUUAAUGACCAGCACGCAGGGCAAAGCAUUUUGCACAGUGUUUGUUUUCCUGUCUUGCACUUACAAAUAAGGUCUAUGGGAGUAGCAUGGAAAACGUUUGCUGUUUUUCCCUUUUUUUUUUUAAUUGCUUUUGUUUAAAAUUUGAUCGCCUUAACUACUGUAAACAUAGCCUAUUUUUGUGCUUAAGAUACUGAAUGGAAAACUCCAUUGUGUGUUGCUGGACUGUUUUGGAAAUAUUUGGUCAAAUGUGUGUUAAUUUGGCUGUAAUGGCAUUUAAAGCAAACAAACAAACAAAAAAAGCUGUGAAAAUGGCCUUGGAGCAUUAUCUUUAGUUACUUGAAGAGUUUCUAGUUUUUUUUAAAUACAGUUUAUGUUAAAAUAAUUUUUAUUAAUUUAGAGAAGACAAUCAAUGUCUGUGAGAAAACGGACUUUCUUUUGGAUUUUCUUUUUGUGGUCAUUGUGAGUGAUUGCUUUUUCCUUUUAUUAGUUUCACAUUCUUCCUUUGUUCUAAAACUUAGACUGACAUCUAGCUUUGACAAUCAUAGUAUGUUUUAUUUUCCUGAGGGGGGAAUAACUUAUAAUGCUGUUUAGUUUUGUACUAUUGGUGUGUUGGUGAAUUUUUAAACUGUGUGCUAACUGCAAUAAAUUAUAUGAACUGAGAA